ACGAAACGGGAGUGUUUUGAGUCGGGAUCUCGGCCCUUCAGGUGGGGAUCGUCUGCCUCUCGACGGCCGGACUUGGACGAGGCUUUUACCGGCAAAGAGCCAAAGAUGCUACGAAUAUCAUCCAGGAUCAAGCCUCAUGUAGCGUCAAAGAUUGCUCGUGGGCAUGGGGCCCAGAGGCUACAGUCCACCCACUCCGGUGGUGGAGGUGGGAGCAAGGUGUUGAUCGCUACAGCUGGUGCCACGUCCCUUGUUGCAGGUGUUGUUGGAUAUGCAGCUUGGAAUAAUGACAACAGGAAGAGCAUUGAAAGUACGAUCCCUGGCUCGGGAUAUGUCCUUGGUGCUAUUUUGGGCCCAGUUCUGGAGCCUCUCCCACCCAAACCAGUCACCAAGGACGUCGGCCUCGUGAAGAAGAAGUUAGACCGCGAAAAGAAGAAGAAAAAGGAAGAAGAGGUUGCUCCUGCUGUCACAGAGGGAGAGGCAGCCAAGUCAGAAUCCCCAGCUGUUGUUGAGGUCUCUACAGAGCCUGUAAAAGAUGAUGAAGUUGUCCUUGAGCAAGUAAGCAGUGAGACUGUCCCAGAGAGCAAAGUUGAGUUAGAACCAACAGCUCCUGCAGUACCUUCUGAGGCUGAAAUUGCAGGUAUUUCAUCUGAUAUAGCUGGAGCUGAGACCCCAGGAACGGAAUUAAUCAUAACCACCCCUGGUCAGCCUGAAAAGGCUCCUGAACCAUCGAAAGAAGCUCCAGCUGUGCCUGACCUGGAGACACGUCUAGCUUCUGGUGAGAUUGAACAAGAUGUUGAAAAUGCAACCCUAACAACAGCCCUGGAAGAUUUAGCAUCUGUAGCUCAAAAGCAACUCACUGCAGCACUGGCUUCAGCAGAGGAUGCUGCUUUGGUCAUUCGACAGCAUGCAGAGAAGGCUUAUCUUGCCAUUGAUGCAGGCCAAGACAAGGAGAUCCUCUUUGCAGCAGUAGCAGAGCUGUCUGAGAAAAAGGCAGAAGUUGUUAAAGCUGCUCAAGAGAAGAUUAGUCAGGCAGAAGAAGCUGUUGAGAAACUCAAGGAGCAGAUUGCCCAAGGAUUAUCCUCAGGCCUCACCCGUGACAACAAGAGCCUGAUCACAGCAGAGGAAAGCCUGGCUGAGCUUAAAUAUGCUGUGGAAAAUAUUAAGACCAUUGUCAGUCAGUCUGAAAGAGACAGCAAGGUUGUUAGUGAUUACCGUAACCUCGUUGAGUCGGGACGGGAGCAAUUUGAAGCCGAGGUGCGAUCUCUCUUGCCGGAAGUGAAGUUGGGUGAGACAAGUGAUAAGUUAACAAGAGAUGAACUGAACCUCCUCAUUGCGCAUGCUCACCGCAAAGUGUUGCAACUUCAGAACCAGCUUGCAAGGUUGCAGGCUGAAUCAGAGACCCUUGAGCAUGACCGCUUCAAAGAAGCCCUUAAUAAGCAGCGUGAUGAUGAUGCUGGGCUUUUGGAGGCAAAGGUCAAUGCAUCUCUAGAGAAGCAAAAGCAACAGCUUGAAGUUGAAUACAAACGCAAGGUAGCUCAGCUGCGUGAGGAGUUGGAAAGUGAACUGAGGGCACAAUUGAAACGUCAAGCUGCAGCACACAGCGACCAUCUUGCUGAUGUGUUGACCGUCCAAGAGAAGGAGCUUGAAACCAAGUGGUCAGAACUGCUUCAGGAUAAAGUCCAGUCCGAGAAAGACAAGUACCUUAGUUCUGUUGCUGUCAUGCAAGGCCAACUAGAUGGGCUGAAGAAUGCAUUGACUGCCCGAGCUGAUGUUGACAAAGCUGCAUAUUCUGCUCGAGAACUCUGGCUUGCUUGCGAGUCUUUGAGGAGUGCCCUUAGACUAGGCAAGGAAGGAGCCAAGUCAUGGGAAGAACAGCUUAAACCACUGGAUGAACAUAUAGCUGCCAUCAAAACAGCUGGAGGUGAAAACUCUUAUUUGAGUGCAGUGAUAGGUGCUGUGUCAGAAGAAGCUCGAACUCGUGGUGUAUAUACAGAAGAGGCCUUAAGAGAACGUUUCAUUAAAGUGGAUAGAAUCUGCAAGCGUGUGUCCAUGAUUGGAGACAAUGGUGGUUCUCUAAUCAAGUACAUGCUGUCGUAUGUUCAAAGCUUCUUGAUUCUAAAUGCUUUUGAGUACUUGCCUGGCAAUGAAAUCCGUGAUGAAGAGGUUCCAGUUGACUCACUCUCUGUGUAUGACAUCUUAGCAAGAGCCAGAUAUUGCCUGGACAAAGAUGACCUCCUUCAGAGUGUACGCUACAUGAACCUUUUGCGUGGAGAAGCUCGCAAUGUUGCCUCCAGUUGGAUCAAGGAGGCUAGGCUGACCCUUGAAACACGCCAGGCAGCUGAUGCUCUGCUUGCUCAUGCUGCUGCUACAGCUGUCAAGGCACUUUGAAAGUUAUGAGGAUCUUAAUUUUGUUUAGAUAAGAAAAUUGGAAUAAUAGUUAUUUUUAUUACUUAUGAAAACAUCAGUGAGGCAAGUUUUCUGAAUCAAGGUUGUUAUAGCAGGCAUACUUAAAAGAUAAGCAUGCUUUAAAUAUCACAUGAGCUAAAUGUGGCAAGAUAGGUUGUAAGCUCCAACUAUUGUAUACAUUAAGUUUGUCAUUGUUUUGAAUGUGAUUGAAUGUACUUCAUCCAAAUUUUUAACAGUUUAAGUCAGAUUUAUUGUAUUCAGUAGUUAGCAGCUUAAAGACUAUUGUGUUACAAACAGUGCAAAAUAGAUCCAUUUUAAACCAAUAAUAUCAGCAUAAGUCUAACCAUGAUAACAAUGGGCUGUUAAUUUGUAUCUAACUAAGAAGUCACUUGCAUCAAAGGACAUGGGUUUUCAUAUUUUAUAUAGAUGCAUUGUUAUUAUGUGAUAUGUACAUAUUGUUCAUAAUCCUAUAGAGAACCGUUAACUUUGGCAAAUGAAAUUAAAAUAACAAGUGUUUUGUCUGAUUCCAUCCUAGUUUACAUUCUGUUCUGAUCAUCUUCAAUUGGCUGAAUUAUUUUAAUCUGGGGCAGUAAGUCAUCUUUGUACAACAGCCUGUCACUUUGUGGUAACUAUUGAAAGGUUGCCAGAAUGUUUGUUAAUUUGUCUUGUAAAUGUUCUCAUCUUCAAAAUGUAAUUUGUAAAUAGAUAUACAUGAUGACAUACUCAUCUUUUGGUGAGGGUCAUGUUCAAAUAUUCCCAUGUAGAAUAAAAUGUAAGUAUUUCUGAAUAUGUACCUAACCUGGUAAAACUUUAUCAGUUGGAGUAAUGAUGUUUUACAUUUUGAACAGUUCCAUGACAAAAGGAUUGCACUUGGCUUCCACUAACCUCAGUUCUGCCAUAACCAGUUUUGUCAUUCCAAGUAAUUUAGUCUUCUCUUGUACCUUUCCUGUUGUUUAAUUCUAUUGGUCAUUCUUUCUGGAAGCUUCUGGAAGGGAUGAUGCUUGAAGAUUUGUUUAACUUUGUAGUCUUUUUCUAAAGGCUACUAUUUUUUUUGAAAUGAUACCAUCAUCCAAUAAAUUAGUGUUGCUUCCAUUUCCUCUGACAUUUGUACAAGAGAAGAAACACUGAAGUACCAAUAAUACAGAAUACCCCAGUGUAUCAUAAAAUUGAGGUAGAAAUUAAGUCUUAUAUCAUUAGUCAAAUAUUUCUACUUUUUGACUGAUAAGGGUUAAUUGAACUCCAGUUAUUUGCUUGUUAAGGUUAUAGCAAGACAGUUGUGGGAAGUAGGUAUUAGAUGUAGUUAUGGGUCUUUAUAGUUACUGUUUUCUAAGUAAGAAUUAGAGUUCCUGUUAACCUCAUGUCAUUCAGAAACCCUAGUAUAUAUAUAUGCAUUUAUGAUAAUACAGAAUAACCCAUAACAAAAAGGAGAUGAAAAUAUAGAAAACUACAUAUGUUGAAAGUUAAACCAGUCUAUUAAUUCCGGAGUUAUCCUUGUUUUAUCCUGAACACAAAAACAAGAAAGAAAUAACUUGUUUGAAAUGAAUAUAAUGAAUAAACAUCACAAAAACAUCA